AGGCGAGAGUGCUUUUGCGUAAGAUUACGUGAAUCUUUAUUAAAAAAAUAGACAAAUUUUAAGUUAAAAUAAAUUCAACCAUGAGAAACUUAAGAAAUUGCCAAAAUCUGCUUAAACGUUGUUAUACAACAGGCGGCGCCAAGACUCCUGGUGCAUCAGCUCCAGCCACUAGCAAUGUCAAGGGCUUAUCCAGCAACUGUGUCAAACCUGUCUCGGAACCCGUAGGACCUGGAGCCUCUCCAACUGGCCAAUACAAAGUACCAGAAUAUUUUUGUUUCAAUCGCUUCAGCUUCGCAGAGGCUGAAAUCGAAAUGGCCAAAUAUCGGUGCCCACAACCCACGGCUGAUAGAAAGUAAAUGUGAAUGGCGUAUGUGUGUGUGAAUUAAAAGGCAAAACUAAAUUUGUUGUAAAAUAAAGUUGAUUAUUAAAUGAUAAA